CUUGCGCAAACGGUGUGAGAGAUCACCAAUGGAUGAGGCAGCGCUCUUUCGCGUGUCAUGUUUUUGAAGAGCCCACGCGUUUCACUCUAGGUUCCCUAUUCGGCACGCACCAAUGCAGAUACGGACCGGAUCGGACGCUGGUGGCGCCUGAACGCAUAUCCAUCUUCAUUGCGCUCACGGGUGUCUGCGUUUUCUCCAGCUCGUGCAGUAUCAUGCAGUCUUUAAUAUCCCCAGUCACCAAAGCAAUACUGGUUGCACUGUUUAUUUUUGCGAUUCUGCUCAUUUUGUACGUGAUAUUAUGGUAUAUAUGUCGAGAUGUGGAUUGUGAUCACGGAAUUUGAUUGACAAAUUACUGGAAGCGUCUUUAAGGACAUGCACCGGGUGUCCCAGCAUUGGCACUGAUCAACAAGGGAGCAAAGGUUCACUCUGUGGUUUUACCAGAGAUUAUACUCCCAGAAAUCUGCAUCUUGACUCUAUGGGGCGUCUGCGGUGCGUUGACGUAGAAGGCGGAACUAUCGUAAGAGCGGCUGAAUCGUUCCUGCUGUACUUCAGCACGGAGCGUAAACACUGAGACACUCGCUGUCAACUUCAAACAUGUGGAGGUUGUUACAUUGUAUCCUCGGCUUCAUCAGGCUCUACUUAGAUGGCGUGAAAGUCCUGCUAUACCAGCUUUUCAACAAAUCUUUCAGGCUGCCAGAUUUGCCCGAGCAGAAUGGAAAGGUUGCCAUAGUUACAGGGGGAACCAGAGGAAUGGGAUAUGAGAUUUCCAGACAUCUGGUCAGCCUGGACAUGCAUGUGAUCAUUGCUGGAAAUGAAGAAGAGGAGGGUCUGGCAGCAGUAAAGAAGAUUCAAGAAGAGUUGAAUCAGGGAAAAGUGGAGUUCAUGUACUUGGAUUUGGCCUCUUUGACAUCUGUUCGCCAGUUCGUCCAGAGAUAUAAUGCCAAAGGUUUGCCUCUACAUGUCCUUGUCAAUAAUGCUGGUGUUAUGCUUGUUCCGGAGAGGAGAACAGAGGAUGGAUUUGAGCUACACUUUGGGCUAAACUACCUGGGCCAUUUCCUGUUAACCAACCUGUUGCUGGGUGCACUUAGGAAGACUGGCAAACCUGGCAAAUGUUCCCGAAUAGUUAUUAUGUCUUCAGCUACCCACUAUGGAGGGAGAUUAACUCUGGAUGACUUGCAGGGAAGGUUAUGCUAUAGUUCCCAUGCUGCAUAUGCUCAGAGUAAGCUGGCCCUGCUGCUGCUCUCCUACCACCUGCAGGAGCAGUUGCUGGUCAGAGGAGAUCCCGUGACGGUGAAUGCGGUGGACCCCGGCAUGGUGGACACGGCCCUCUAUGACAAUCUGUGCAGCCCGGCCCAGGUGGCCAAGAAGCCUUUCGCUAAACUGCUCUUCAGGACGCCUGCAGAAGGAGCAUCCACGGCUAUUUACGCCGCAGCUGCCUCUGAGCUGGAGGGGAUCGGAGGACUGUAUCUGUACAACGGCCGAAAGACUGAGUCCUCAGCACUGUCUUACGACAAACGCCUGCAAACCAAGCUGUGGAAACAAAGCUGUGCUCUUGUGGGACUCAAAUGACUUGAGAGAACAUUAGUACUGAAUUCAUCAUCUCCAUAAUAUGUCUAUGCCUUAAGUUAACAGGUUAGUAUCCCUAUUUGCCAAACCGUCCAAUGGUGUUUAGUUUAUUUUAAUUAAUAUUUCAGUGUCAACACAAGCCAUCCUUUAAGUUCCCAAGGACUUUACCUCAUCAGUGUGUGAUCGAUGCUAACAAAUGCGCUGUAUUUAUUUAUUUUUUUUUCAUCCUAAAUUCUCUUUUUCUCCACUCUGGAAUUCUCUAGACACUUUUUCUCCUGACUGAAGCAGGUAAAACAAUGAUUUCGAUUCAUAAUCUUCUUGCUCUCCGCCAAGCUUUUCUGGGUGCUUAAUGAAUCAGGACCAUCGCAAUGGCUGUUCCACUGAUUUUCUGUUGGAUUUGAUCAACAAUGGAAGGAUAAAAGGAUUAUAUGGGAAAUCUCAAGCGCUCGAAACUGGGCAAAUACCAGCCUGUGUCUGAUUCUCUUGGUUUCUGUGCUUGGCUUUUUGUGUCCUUCAUUGUUAGUGUAGUUGUAUAUCUUCGGUGGCUCAUACACUGGGUUAUUCUGCCCAUCAGUCAGUGUCAUUCUUCCCUCUGCCUACCGCAUCUAAUUGCCUAAACACAAACUGCAGAAGGGCUAAGGGGGAAAAACAUUUGUCUGUCUGAGCCCUUCAUUUUUCAUUCUUCCACCGUGCAAUUUGCAAUACUGUGUUUGGAAGAUUCCACCGAAGCGACGGCUGCCCUCAUGCCAGGUGCCUCACCUUCAUCCACUUUUUUUCCUCCCCAAGGGGAAUAUUUCGUCCAACUGUUCUGUUCGUGACUGUGACGUGCUCAGAAUCUGUGAUUCCACUGUGUAACAAUGUAGUUGUAGUGUAUUUUUUAAAAAUCUUGCUUCUGAACAGACCUUGAAAGAGAAUAGUUUAAAAUAUGUGCACAUAUUUUAUAAAUCCAAACUUGUCGAGUAUUAUCUUUUAAAUAUAUUGCAGCUUUUUCCUGAUUUUGGUUUUUUCAAAUAUGUAUUUAUCCGAGGUCAGUGUGCAAUAGCUGAUUGAGUCUUGAAAUAUUGAAAAAUUUGCAAGUUUUUCAACAGAAGAUGUCGCUUUAUGAAUAUCAAUAUAUACAAGUACUGUAAAAAAAAAAAAAUGAGUAACAAUUCUACCUGCUGGUGUUUGUGAUAACUUGGAGGUGUUGUCCUGACUUUGGCUGCUUUGGAUAAAGUGCUACUUUGACCUGUUAAAUCCUAAUUUCAGUGUACUGGUGUCAAACUGUGCCUGUCAUCCGUGUGUUUAAUGUGGCAUCCAUCAUGCGAUGGACCCGAUUUCCGUUCCUUCUCUGUGUCAUCCAACCAACGGGAUAUGAAGCUUUGGGGUGAACGAGAGAUUAAUAUAUUGACCCCUUUGCAUUGCUUUUUGCGAAUUAGCUUUUAUUAUCGCCUAGUUUUGCUCAUGGUACUGUAAUUACGCACUAAUGGAAGUGCUGCUGUAUUAUAAUGUAUUUAGCAUUAUAGGAAGUAUAAUUAACUUCCGUGCACAGAUAACAAUGAUCCGAUAGAUUAAUUAUACGGUCGUGUUGCUGAGAAAUAAAUGAAUAAUAUUUGGAGCAACCAAAAUUGUUGAUGAUAAAUGAACAGAGAAACUGUCUCCGUACAAAAUGUGCAAAGAGGAUUUUGCGUACUUAGCUCCUCAGCCACAUGCACUGUGAAUGAGCCCAAUGUUUCUGUCAUUUGUGUGUGUGAAAGAGAGGAGAAGAUGGAAAAAAGAGAGAGCAGCAUUAUCUUGCCAGGAGACUCUGAAGUGUUUCAUCUUCAGCUCUUGUUGAAAACAGAGUGAAUGAGUUCCUCUUGUCUAAAUAAAAACACUGAUCUCCCUGUU